AGGAAAGCACAAGAUGCCCUAGCCCAAAAUCAAACAUGGGUUCUAGCUCCUUACACCGACUCCAAAAACAUUAUUUUAUAUAAAUUGGUAUACAAGAUUCAAAAGAAAGCGGAUGGUUCUAUUGAAGAAGAAAUCAGUAUCCAAAUUGGAAGAGAAAAGGUUCUGUAACCUACAUAUACCAUAUGGGAACACAUUACACCACAAGGAAAAUGCCAGUUGAGGUACAUGUAUGCAUCCACUUGCAAAUUCGGAUGAUCCAACGCUAAAAGUAUGAUAUUUCUAUUCUCUAGCGCUCCUCAUAUAGAAAAGCUAUCUAGCUCGUCCCUCUAGCGCUCGUAAAAUAAAUCCUCCUUGUCCGAGAAGGCAACAACCAUUUCAUUUCUUUAACCCGGAUUGCAUUAUUUAAUUGAUUUACUACGUCGUGUACUACGUAUUGGUUCGCGAAUGCGUUGCUUGAAGGAAGGAAGCAGCUUUUCAAAAGAACUGCUUAGCAAUUUAAAGUUGGGGAAAUAGCUCAGUUCGAGGGAGGGAAAUUGUCUGGGGAAUAGGCUGAUUAUUCAGCACCGGACAGGAGAAAGGGCAAUUAAAGGGAAGGAAAGUUGGGAACCAACGGAAAAUCAAGUAUCAUGUUGCUCCUAAGAAAACUCGUAUAGUAGUCUCAUUGGCCUUCGUCGAUGGGACAAACGCGGAAGUUGUAUGCGUUACAAGGCAACUAGCAUUUUGUUUUGUCAUGGAAUGAAAGAAUGUUCUUGUUUUUCGUGAUCCGAUCCGGUAUCAGCGGAUACUUGCAUUUUACCGGGAAGGGUUGAAACAAUGGAAUGCAACGCAACAAGAAAACGCGUAUGUUAAGUUCUAUAGUUGAUGUGAUGCGGCUCGAUUCAUCAUUGCUCUCACAAAAAAUCAAUGUUUUCGGUUCCCUUUUGACUCUAAAAUUCUCAUAGAGAAAGAUGUUCUGAUUCUGUUCUCUCUGAAAAGGAAGACGGGGCCCUUAGGGACACAGUAGUACCAUUUCCAUUGUGCGAAAGGUCGUGUCCUGGUAGCCUCUCUGCUGUAGUAAGAUGAACGGUCUCAUUGCAUCAAACAGUCAAUUCUUCCAUUUCUUAAAUUGUCAAAUCGAGAUUGUGUGGGUGUUCAGUGGAUCAAUCCCUGUAUUAAUGGUUCUGGCGGGGCAGUGGGCGUGGGACUGUAAAUCCUCUUUCGUUCGCUGGGCCUGGGCCCUUUGGACUGUAAAUCCAAACGGAGUUAGUGGUUCGAUUCCACUCAUGAACGAGAGCGAGACUGAACGAAAGAAAAUGCAAGUGAAACGAGACGAGAAUCCAAUUUUAGGCUUAUUUCCUAAAAGCGGUGGUUCUCGCCUCCCUGUGCCGCGGGGUGGGCGACUGAGGUUCGAGUCUUUUUCGAUCGGGUAGAUCCAUACCAUAUGUUCCGGGGGGGAGACGAGGUGUAGCGCAGUCUGGUCAGCGCAUCUGUUUUGGGUACAGAGGGCCAUAGGUUCGAAUCCUGUCACCUUGAUGUGGUAUUCACAGGGGCCGAAGUGCAAAGCCCCGUAGCCUAUCCGUGGUCGGGAAGGCAGGCGAAAAGCACGCACAAAAAAAAAAGAAAGCUAAAAUCUUUUUUUUUCUUUUCUUCUUUUGAAACCCAUUAUCAGGCUUUUGCUUUUGAUAUUCUAUAUCUAUAUAAUAUUAUAAAGCUAUUUCACUGGUUUGAUUUACAUACCUCAGUCAUGUUAUUUGUCUAGCCUUCAAUCAGAAUAGCCUCUCCACCGGUUCCGAAGAUUCUUUCGGCAUCAAUGUGCUUUUGGAAUCUUCCUAUGAAACAAAUAACAUUAAGGAACUGUUUAGGAAAGAACAGGCCUCAGUAGAAAGCGAGCUUUUUCGCGUAUAGCCAACCUCGAAGCCCAAUUAGCGCACGGGCUGCCCCCUCAACUCAACCCUGGCGAGUACGCUAACUUGGUCAGGGAGCAUUUAGACGGUGCAGUUAGUAUUGACCACUACCGCCAAGUCCAUAAUUCCUAAAUUGAUGAAGUACACAUAAUGGAGCUCAAAAGCCGAUUACAAAAUCUACUUUUUGAGCAUCUUGAAACCGCACAUAAAAAAUAUUAUGAAUGAAUCACCUUACAAUAACAUACGAGAGACUGCUUUCGAUUUUUUUGAACAACAAGUCGAACCUAAUGAACAAUUCCAUUCAAAGGAAUGUUCUAGAGGGGGGCGCUUUUCCACUAUAUUCGCGAUAUUGAACAAAAUGGAAGAAAUUCUUCACGAUUUCUAGAGUUCCGGGAUUACUUCACUGAUAUCGAUUUUAGCCUAAGCACGGCCUCUAGGUUAGUUCAAAGUGUAGUACAACGAACUAUCGAUACACCGAAAACGAGUAAAGAUGGGUACAUAAAAUGAAGACAUCGUGGAUUACCCAAAUUGGGACGACGAUAGGACAUUUCACUUUCUUUCGCAAUAUUUCUGAUCAUGACUCAACCACUAGGAAAGGGGAUUGCUUACUCUCAGCCACGUUUUUCGCUUAUGCUUAGUCAAGUGAGGAUUCCAUUCGAAGUAACGUAACAGGAGCACCAUCUUCAAAACUUCUCGGGAUCCGGAGUUUAUCGAGAAAAGGUCCCAUCCUUCAAUAUCAUGAUUGGGUCAACCAGGCCAGAUCAUAAGUGAAAUAGUUUGAUCGGGUCGACCAGGUCAGGCCCGAUCAUGAGUGAAUAGAAAAUCGAAAACGUACAUAGCUGUUCCAGCGGAAAUACUUUGUUUAAUUCUACCACUUCUACUAGGAGUAGCCUUUUUAGUGCUAGCUGAACGUAAAGUAAUGGCUUUUGUGCAACGUCGAAAGGGUCCUGAUGUAGUGGGAUCGUUCGGAUUGUUACAACCUCUAGCAGAUGGUUUUAAAUUGAUUCUAAAAGAACCUAUUUCACCAAGUAGUGCUAAUUUCUCCCUUUUUAGAAUGGCUCCAGUGGCUACAUUUAUGUUAAGUCUGGUCGCUUGGGCCGUUGUACCUUUUGAUUAUGGUAUGGUAUUGUCAGAUCCGAACAUAGGGCUACUUUAUUUGUUUGCCAUAUCUUCGCUAGGUGUUUAUGGAAUAAUUAUAGCAGGUUGGUCUAGUAAGACGGGGGGCGGCCGUUCGGUCGCCUAUGAUAUACGGACCAAUUGGUCAAAAAUGGGUUUGUGCCGCAGGUGUUGAACGAUCUACUCUACACAGGUGUGGGCUUACAGGGCUAGGGCUCAUAAACCCUUUCUUUCAUUCAUCAAGGGGUCGGUCACUUUUCCGGGCCGGGAUCGAGAAGUGGAAGUCAUAAAAAAUUCUCUUCGCACCCCAGAUCAAGAGGAAAGGUAGCUUGUCAAGCUGGUCUCACUAUUGGAAAUUCUAGCUUUCUUUUUUUUCACCGGCUCUUCUUCUUUGUCAACGCUACUAAGGACCUGACGGUUCGCCUACUUGAUGAAUGAAAGAACAUGAGAAAGGGUUAUAAAAGAAAAGGCGACGAAAGUCUACUACAGUACAGUCAAAGUCAGCGGCUGAGUUUGCCUAGCCUCGCCUACUAUUUUUUUUUUGUAGGCGAGCGAGUUAGAGAAGAGGCUUAGGGAUAAGAGAGUGUCGGUGCGUACGUAGCCUUCAUUCUACUACGCUACACAAAGUCACUUAGCUCGACGUUAAUUAAGAGAGUAAAGGAGGAAUACCCUACAUAGAAGAACCGCUGUUCGCUUACAAAGGUAUAACCUUUCGCUCCCCGGGGCAAAGCUGCUUCGCACCACUGAUAGACUACUUAAUUAAGAUUCCAUUUCAAAGGCGCUACUUUGUUUCGCAAGCCUUUGUCAUUGUCAGUCAACUAAGGUUGGCCCUCGGCCCCCUGCGAAUCCGUAAAUCAGAGAGCAUGCCGCAAAAAAAAGGAUGGUCCCCUAUGCAUUGAAUUCUUUCCGGAACGAAUCGAAUUCAAGUACCUGACCCCCCAUCAUGGUGAACCUCUCCUUGUGAUCGGGAUGAGGUAGAUGCCUCCCAGCCGGGGGGCGGAUCGAAUCGGAGUUUCCUUAGGUAGCCACCGACCUACAGUUCUCCUUAAACUUCUGUGCUUGGUGGAAAAGAAGCGAACAAAGGUACGCUCGCUUGCUGUCUUGUUCUCCGCCGCGGACUGGGAUCGCUCGCCAGCUAGGCCCUCUAGAAAAAAGUUGGAGCAACAUUGUAUGAGAACAUAUUACCCAUCUUCGGGGACAAGGGGCGGAACGACCUCUCGAUCUACUUACUGCAGCCCAGGACGGGCGUCGUCGUCUAGGCGUGACUUCUUGUUUUGAUCUCCCCUACGCCUAGGACGUUGUCUGGGCCAAGAGCCAUAGUUAGUUGCUGUUUCCAUUUGGUUCUUCUUUCUCGUUGUUGAUACCGGCAAGACCCAGCCAGAUGAUGAUGUCUGCUGGUUGGUAGUGAGAGGACUCUUAGUACCCGCAAAAAAAAGGGCGCUGGUGAAAAAAACAAUCAUGUGAUUUAGUUUCUUGCUCUCCCUUAGCAGCGGGAAAGGAGUCUAUCUAUCUGCCUAGCUUUGGUAGAUUUCCCCCAACGCAAUUCAAAAACGGAAAUUCCACGAAUCCCUGAGGUGGAUAAGUCCGACGACUCAGCAGCAGUGCGGAAUUGAGUUUCUGGUCCGGUGGAUCUGAUCUAUAGUUUGGGGGCAAUACAUACCAAAAGGUUCGAAAGAAGGAAGGCGCAGUAUAUAACCAACCCGCCCAUAGCCGGUCUAACUGCUGAGAGAGAAAAGUGCUUUUCUUUCCCUAAGAGUCCUCGAGUACACACAGCUAUUGCUGAUCCUUUGCGAGAUCAGGAUGAGACCCUUCAGAAUUUCUAAUCAAUCCAUGUUAGGUCAACAUCGAGACAGAGCAUCUCAGUUGGCUCUGUCAAGGAAGUGAAACAGGCAUUCCUAGGUUGAGGUUACCAUAGGAUUGACCCUCAGUCAGGCCUCCGAUUCCAAGGAGUUGAUUCAGCAAGUUCCCCGUGCUACCCCGCGGGAAGUCUAAUCGGAUCAAUCGGUGGUUCCGUAAUGAGUAGUCGAAUACACAUUGAGGGGGCCUUGCCUCCUCCUUCCCGCCCACACCUUCAUUCUUUUCCUCCUCUGAUCUUAGAAAGCAUACUAAACUUCACUCCAAUCUUUCUCCAUUAGCAACAAGAGCUGCUCUAUCUAUCGGCCCUUGAUGAGUAAGCUUAGCUAUACCGCUUAGGUUGCAAAGCUGCAAGCUCCCUUCUAAUGCGUUAUUAGGCUGCUUGGAGCCUUCUCGCUUAGUAAGCCGCCUUCGGCCUGCCUAUUUACUCGUCUAAACUCGUCACACAAUGAAGCGCUUUUGAAAACCUUCCCCGAAAAAGUGGGUAUAGUCUUCUAUUGCCAUGUACAUAUCAGCGGGCAGUGGGAUAAGUCGAAGCAUGCCAGAACCUUCUUUAGUAGUGAGCCGUACCGACUAGCUCCUAGCAAGGGCUUCAAGAUCACAGUAAUGCCUGCCAAAACUUUCCUUGGGUACGAAUGUCAUGUUCAAAGCAGGUUUCUCUAGACACCUUGGAAAAGAUCACUGACGAGCUCAAUCUCAAAGUGUGAAUGAAAUUAUCAGUUUCAUCCUCUUUAUGAGCCUGAGAUCAUAUGGGUCAACAAUUCUCAUUUCUUAGUUAUAGAAAGCCCUUCUCAAGGAAGUGAGCCACUCAAUCUGAGCCAGCGGAUUCUCAUUCAGCUGUGCCGGUGUGCAAAGCAAGCACGCUUAGACAACGAUGUCCAAUCUUUGGUCUGCCCAUUAAGGGCUGACUCCGCUAGGCAAGAGGACUACUACUGGGAUUAUUCUAUUACUAAUUGAUGACCUGGGGGGCUACUCUUCUUUCUCCACUACAGAUAUUGACUGACCUGUUGAUAGGAUAGCGGGGGCAGUAAAGAGGAGAGGAGGAAAAAGAAGUAGAGUUAGGUUCUGUUCUUGUGUGUAAGCCCUCGGUCGAUUCGUCUGCUCAUUCACAGCGUAUGAUUCUUAUCCAAUUGCUUCUUCUGAAAACGCGGCGUCGGUUAAUCUUUCUUAUUCUCCCUUCGGGGCUCCUCAUGUUGCUACUAAUAGAAACAGUUCGGACCUUGCUCAUACAAUCCUCGGGACUACUAUUGGUUAAUCUUUGUCCUCCCUAGGGAAAGUAAACAAGACGAGACUUUUUGGGAAAGACAGGGUUAGCGCCCUUUGGUAGCCUUCCAGUUCAGCUACAGCGAGCUCUUCACUUGAUAGAAGAGCGAGACAUAGCGGAGGAAAUGGUGCUUUGUCGAUCCUAACUCCUUGCUUCGGAAUGCGAUUACCUACUUUCCGCCUCACCUGUCGAUUAAAGAAUUCAACCAACUAGUUGGAGAUGGCUGCUUCGAGCCCCACCUUUGAUAUCCAGUCGUGUGCCUGCCUUCUUGGAUAUGUUUAUUUCGAUGAGGCCGCUCUGAUCGGGAUCUGACUCCACUAAUGUAACCGUUUUCGUACCAUGUUUUUCACCUAGGGCCUACGCUUUUUGAGUGUAGCCUAUCUUCGUGCUGGAAUGGUUUUUUCUCCUCCCUGAGGUCGGACUGUUGCACCUGUCAACUCCGGCAUUCCCAAGGCAUCGCAUAUCCGGAAGGGAGCAAAUACGAUCAACUGUUAUAGAUUGACUUCUCCUGUUGCUUGAUUUGGUGAGUCAAGUGUGUUUCCGACUCCUGCCAAGCUUAAAAAGAGGAAGGGCAGUCUUCCAAGCAAACCCAUGAAUUAGCAAAAACUUCCACUCUCGAAUCGGGCAAUCAAAGGUCAAGCCGGUCAAGGUCAAAGCGGUCAAAGACAAGCUGAUCAAAGGGCCAAAGCCAAGUCGGUCAAAGUCAAGCCGGAAAUCUCUCUCCUCAACUUGUAAGUGGAGUAAGAGUACAAUCCUCCACAUCAGUUAGGCGGACCCGACUCCACGCAGGUUGAAGAGGAGAAAGUAGGCCGCCCCGCCCCAACCUCGACAUUAGGAUCGCCACUGACUUCUGAAGGCAAGGCAAGCCUCGUGCUUACACGGAGAUUAGAUCCGCUUUGAUGUUGAUGAUGACACUGCUGAUUUCGACCAACGACCUCAAAAAGUCGACCUUCAUGGAUGAUCCCUAGCCCACAUCUCAUUGGCAGCUAUAGAUGCCGGCACUGAUCAAUAUCUUCCUGACCCGACAGAGAAUAGAAUGGAGUAGGAACACGAAGAACUUAUAUGUAAUCUAAUAUUCUUUUAUUUGAAUACUAGGAAUCGCACCUGAAUUCCAUCAAUCAUUCGGUUAGAAGUCCACUAUUUCAUCCUUGAUGUUUCAAUCGAAGGAGAUACUCUAUUUCACAAUCUAUCCAUCUGGAUUCCUCUUUUUAAAGAAAGUCUUUCCUGGAUCCUGAAAAAACAAGAAAGAACAGAAUGAGAACUAAGAGUUCUUUCAGUCGAGCAGUUGAGGGAACGAGUAAGAUACGUUUGUCAGUCUACUAUUCUUUCGGGAAGGAAUUGAGCCUCAAUCAUCAUACGCAAAGAAAGAAAUCCUUCGAGAGCGAGAACAUUCAGAGUUAGUAGUUGAGUAAGUAUAGAUUCACUCCGAUUACCAAACGGGCGACUUUACAACUUAGGGAGCAGCAGGCCUUGUGUUUGUGGUGAAGUGGAAUCUUUUCAAUAUGAAAAUAGGUGGUAUCCAAAAGGACAAAAACUGCAACUAGGGAUCUGGUGGACUACUGUCAUGAGUCACAAGGCAUUGGUAGACUGACUCACUCAGAUGUUUGGCUAUUUCACCUAAGGAGUAUGUCUGGAUGGAUGGCUUCACAGUCAAAGAUGGUAAUUCCAUACCUCAUCUAAUUCACCAACGUGACCAACCACAAUGUAUCAAAUCUCCGCAAUGAAAAGCUGGUUUUUUGAAUAGCAGGAGGACUUCCGGUUGUGGUUAUGCAAGUCCCACGCACGGAUCAAAUCCAAUAAAUAAAGAAUUGAAGCAUGCUGCAUGCACUCGUGAGACUGUCAAACCUACUGAAUUGAUGGAACAAGAGCAAUUCGAACUUUAUUUUUGACUCAUGGGCAGGACAUCUGAAAGAGAAAAUUUCGAUGCCAACCACCUGGGCUGUGAAUCGUUCAGGUAGGCAUCUCGGGACCAAAAAUCUGAAUCAAGGGCAUGACCGAAACCGGUGAUUAAUGCUUCACCCUCGGAGCUCUUAGAAAACUUCCUUUUCUUUGAGAAGUAGAACAAAGUACCUUUAGGAGACCUAGUUAGUGACUGGGCAGGACAGGUCAGCAGGUCUUUCAUGAACAGAGGAGCCAACGAAGAAAGAUAAGCAUCUCAGUAGUAGCCAGAUGCUAAUGAAUUGAAUAAAGUUGUUUGCCUACCCGCCGUUAGAGUUCUCGCAGACGCUAUUGAUGGUCUUGUUGGCCUAUCCGAUGCGGAUCUCCUCAACGUAGAAGCUAAACCAGUAGCCGGUGUGACAGAGAGUCAUAUUAAGGAUAGGGCUAAUGCUUUCCCCUUGAACCCCUUGCAGAAAAAGUAGGAAAAUGGACUGAAAUUGUUGGAUUAGUGGAUUUGCAGUAUCUCAACAAUCAGAACUGCGAAUAUUCCAUCAUCCAAACUAAGCUUCCUCAGAUCCUAACCCAUUGGUCAUUAUCGAGCCUCGUGACUCCGGCUGUGUUGAUAUCUUCGUAUUACCUGUUCUCAUUUUAUCUAUCUGGUUAUUGCUUGAUGUGUUGGUUGGUAUUUCACUAUUUUUA